GGCAGACAACGCUCUUAUAAAUACAGUCAUUUGUGUCCGCUAAUCACUCGCAUUGGGAUUGUCUUGUCGGAUAUAAUGAGUACCUUAACUAUUUUGUUGGCGGUGGUCGGCUGCUCUCUGGCCGCACCUCAGUUUGGUGGCCGUCCCCAGGCUGCCGCUCCUCAGUAUAGCCGCCCCCAGUCUGCCGCACCUGUCCAACAGGGUUCUGCAGCCCCUAAGCAAAUCCUCAUACUCAAACAGGCACAAGAACUGAAUUACGAUGGAAAUUUCAACUAUGGUUUCGAGACAGAGAACGGGAUCGCCUCCCAGGCCAACGGAUACCUGAAGGACGUUGGAACAGAUAACGAAGCACUGGUUAUCACUGGAUCCUAUUCCUACCUAGGGGAGGAUGGUAAUCCUGUAGUCUUCACGUACACCGCCGACGAGAAUGGUUACCAGCCGCAGAGCGAUCUUAUUCCAACCCCUCCACCGGUACCUGUGGCCAUCCAGAAAGCUCUUGAUUACCUCCGAUCGCUUCCACCCUCCGAGGAGGAUCGAAAAAGGCAAUGAAAACUGGCAAAGAAGAUUUAGUGUUCAAAUUUACAUUUCAUCUUAAUAAAAUAAUUGCUUUUGUUUUAUCGCGAAUCCAAAUAUUUUUCAUGAUACAAUAACGUAAAUGAAAAUGAGAAGAUCUGUUAAAAGAAUAUUUAUCGAUCAGGUUUUGCUAUCAAUUAUAUGCAAUAUAUUUAAACCUAACUGAUAGUCCGCAGAUUCCAUUCUGCAAAUAUUUCCUAGUGUACAGUGUAAAAAAUACUAAUAAAAAUAAUAAAACCUUAUCAAAAAUCACAAA